AGAAGUCAUUCACUGUUUAUAAUAACCACCAAUUUUUGUAAAUUUAAAAAGAGAGAGAGAGAGAGAGAGAGAGAGAGAGAGAUAGCAAUCACAUGAAAUUCUCUCCUCUCUACGUUCUCAAAUUUUCUAUAACCAGGGAUUCUAUUCAUUCUACUUCUAUAAAAUCACUCAUUUCCUUUACCUUCUAUUUUAUUUUUCAUGGUUUAAGUUUUUUUGCUGGCAGGUCUUGUCAGGAGAUUCUUGGUUCUUGGAAUCAACAGCAGCUUCCAGGAUGGGUUAUAGACGACCUCCAUUGCAUACCUGUGGAGCUGCUUUCAUGGAAAUAGCUGACAAAGCCUACACAAAUGCUCUACAUCUCAAUGGACCAUUAGGUUCUGUGACAAAAAAUCUUGCCAGGUUAGCUUCACCAGCCUGCCCACUUGUCUACGCCCUGGAAUAUCAGAUAUUGAUAAUGUUCUCCUUCUUCGAUGAUCGGAUUUUUGCCCUGGAAUCCCAAGUUGAGGCCAUUUUUCCUCCAUCAAGAUAUGCAUUUGACAAGAUUGAUGAAUUUGUCCGCGCAGCAGAAAUCCUUCCAGGGAAGUUUGAUGCAGCUGUAAAUAAUUUUCCCACAGUGAUCCAUCAAGUUUCAUUUCUAGACUGGGCUUUGCUCCAUGCCAUAUCCUGCCUUAACUUCUUCAUCUCCAGAUUAACAGAAUGGGAAAACACCAUUGAAAAGGAGAUCAUGAUGGAUAUGAACAGUAGCGAGAGAAGCAAUGAACCAGAAGUUCUUCAGGAAUCUGCAAGUCAAAAAACAGAAACCCAAAACCUUGAUCAUGUCGAAACUAAGGAAGUGGCAGGAAGAAGAGAAGGAUUCACAUACAAAGAUGCACUAGAGAAGGAAGUAAAAGUUACAAAAGCUACGUACAAGGAUGCAUUGGAGAAGGGAACUAAGAAAGAAGAAAAUGGGGAAGGAAGAAGCAAGACGAGAGCAGAAAAGAAUAGCAGCGAAGGAAGGACGAUGACAAAGGAGAAGAUAGAAAAGAAGAAGAAGGUAAGAACAGAGGAAGAGAGUGAAGAUAUGGAGGGUGAUGAGAUUUUAGAGACUGAAUCAUCUUGGCUAAUGAAACUAGGAAGAUAUGGUAAACAAAGCUCUUUCUCAUGUUCAGCUUCUUUUAAAUGGUGAAUUAGGAAGCAAUUUUCUGUGGGAAUCUGUGACAAGUUUUUAAAGAAUUGAUCUAAUUAAGGAUUAAUCUUGUUGAUAUUUUUAGGGCAACUUUUCUAUGUAAAAAACUGUUAAAGUAAAAU